AGGGAGGGGGAGAGGGAGGCACCUUCAGCUCUCUCCUGCUCGCUCUGUGCUUUUUCACAAAAAAGACUGAACUGGGGCUGAAACUGAAACAGGGGCAAGACUCGUAAAAGCAGUGCAGUCUCAUGCUCUCCUUCAUUCUCACAGUUUCCUGUUUAAGGAGGCCAUUUUGUAACUGAGCUUGGAGCGGAGCAUAACAAAGUUUGGCAUUGUUUUUGUUUUUUUCCCCUCCCUUCGCUGGGAGUUUCACAAUCACGUUUGGACUUUCUCCUCUGCAGAGCAACUUCUCUGGACAAGAGAGGCGAGAGAGGGGAAGAAGGUGGUGGUGGAGGAGGAGGAGGAGGAGGAGGAGGUUAGUUUCCCUCACCUUACCGUGCUUUUCAUAUGUGAGUCUCUCACAUACUUUGCUCACGUUUGUCAUGCCUGGACAAUAACAAGAGUCUGCCGACGAGAGAGCGUGAAAGAAGUGGCUGAAAGGAGGAAAAAAAAAAAAAACGCCGCUUCCUGGAUAAGGAUUUCUUCCUUGAUCCACUGGGAGGGGGUAGACACAGGACGCAGAGGAACCUGGGACUCUCUGCUCAGUGUGUGUACCCCUGUCUCCUCUGCGAGACUCAGUUUGAAUGAGUGUCGGUUUUUUGAGAACUACAGCCUGCUCCUGGGCGUGUGUUUGUGAGUGUGUAUGUUGAGAGUUUCUGGCAGUCAGUAGACAGGACUCUCAAUGGCUAACGCUAGCCCCUGUAUGCCCUCAGGGGCCAUGGCCCAGGUCUUCUUUCCUCCUGGGGGCUCCUCACCACCCUGCUCAGCUGUGAUGCAGCAGGGGACCCCCAUAUCUAUGGCCUCUAUGCCUGCUCAGGGUGGUUUUAGCAUGAUGGACCUGACACCAGGGCAGGGUCCUGGUGGAUCUGUGCUCUCGCUACCUUCUACACCAGCAGGAGUGUCCUUCAUCAUCCAGAUUGGUCUGACCAGAGAGUCUGUCCUGAUGCCCCAGACUGCUGACCUGGCUUAUGUAAAACAAAUUGCCUGCUCCAUUGUGGACACCAAGUUCCCAGAGUGCGGCUUCUAUGGCAUCUACGACAAGAUUUUGCUAUUCAAGCAUGACACGUCCACCAACAACAUCCUGCAACUGGUCAAAGGAGCCAGUGACAUUCAGGAAGGAGAUCUGGUGGAGGUGGUGCUCUCUGCGGCAGCAACAUUUGAAGAUUUCCAGAUUCGGCCCCACGCACUCAAUGUGCAUUCAUACCGGGCCCCGGCUUUCUGUGAUCACUGUGGAGAGAUGCUGUUUGGACUGGUCAGACAAGGGCUCAAGUGUGACGGAUGUGGAUUGAACUACCACAAGCGUUGUGCGUUCAGCAUCCCAAACAACUGCAGUGGAGCUCGCAAACGGCGCCUGUCCACCACCUCACUGAGCAGCAGCCAGUCCUUGCGUCUGUCCACCACUGAGUCGGUGUACAGUGUGGGCACGGCCUCCACCUGCGCAGAGGACGCCAGCCUCAUCCGCUCACACACACAAAUGCCCCGGACUCCUAGUGAUGCCCGACGCUUCUACACAGGCCGACCUGUUCAUCUGGACAAAAUCCUGAUGAGCAAGGUGAAGGUGCCCCACACAUUCGCCGUCCACUCGUACACACGACCGACGGUGUGCCAGUACUGCAAGAGGCUUCUUCGAGGACUCUUCAGGCAGGGCCUUCAGUGCAAAGAUUGCAAGUUCAACUGUCAUAAACGCUGUGCGUAUAAGGUUCCUAAUGACUGCCUGGGAGAAACCAUUGGAGACAUGUUGAGUCCCACUGCAGAUCCUGAAGUUCCCAUGGACUACAGCACAGAGUACGAUGCCUCAGAUAAGUCUUCUAUGGAUGACUCAGACGAGGCCUGCAGCAUCCCCGGCUCCUUUUCUCCUGACAACAACCAGGACGGAGCCAGCGGCGAUCAGAGUGUUUACAUCCCACUGAUGAGGGUGGUACAGUCGGUGAGACAGACAACUCGUCGAUCGAGUACGGCUAUCAAAGAAGGAUGGAUGGUUCACUACAGCAAUAAGGACACACUGAGGAAGAGGCACUACUGGCGUUUGGACUGUAAGUGCAUCAUCCUUUUCCAGAACAACACCUCUAACAAAUACUACAAGGAGAUCCCUCUGUCUGAGAUCUUGGAGUUGCGCCCCGCUGGAAACUUCGCUCUUGUCCCCCCAGGCACGAAUCCUCAUUGCUUUGAGCUCAUCACUGGCACUAUGUGCUACUUUGUUGGGGAAGACCCCAACACUAUCCCCUCUCUGACCCCCAGCAAUCCCCAGACUCUUCCCCCAACUCCUCCAUCCCCUAGCCAAGUAGCUCCUAACAGCGGCAUUGGGCGUGAGGUGGCCAAGGCAUGGGAGAGCGCCAUUCGGCAGGCUCUCAUGCCGGUCAUCUUCCAGGAUGCGCCACCAGCUGAGGGGAACACACCUCACAGACAAGCCUCAAUCAGCAUAUCUGUGUCCAACAGUCAGAUACAAGAGAAUGUGGAUAUUGGUACAGUGUACCAGAUUUUUGCUGAUGAAGUGCUGGGAUCUGGGCAGUUUGGAGUAGUGUAUGGAGGAAAGCACAGGAAGACGGGGAGGGACGUAGCUGUCAAAGUCAUUGACAAGCUUCGCUUUCCCACCAAGCAGGAGAGCCAGCUGAGGAAUGAAGUGGCCAUACUGCAGAGUUUACGUCACCUGGGCAUUGUGAACCUGGAGUGUAUGUUUGAGACCCCAGAGAAAGUGUUUGUGGUGAUGGAGAAGCUACAUGGUGACAUGCUGGAGAUGAUCCUCUCCAGUGAGAAAGGCAGACUGCCUGAGAGGCUCACCAAGUUCCUCAUCACACAGAUUCUCGCAGCGCUGAGACAUCUACACUUUAAAAACAUUGUCCACUGCGACCUGAAACCUGAGAAUGUGCUGCUUGCCUCUGCUGAUCCCUUCCCCCAGGUGAAGUUGUGUGACUUUGGGUUUGCCCGUAUCAUUGGCGAGAAGUCUUUCCGUCGCUCUGUGGUCGGCACCCCGGCCUACCUGGCCCCAGAGGUCCUGCUGAACCAGGGCUACAACCGCUCACUGGACAUGUGGUCGGUUGGGGUCAUUAUGUACGUCAGCCUGAGUGGGACAUUCCCAUUUAAUGAGGACGAAGAUAUCAACGACCAGAUACACAAUGCAGCCUUCAUGUACCCUCCCAACCCCUGGAAACAGAUCUCAAGUGAUGCAAUCGACUUGAUCAACAACCUGCUGCAAGUUAAGAUGAGGAAACGCUACAGUGUGGACAAGAGUCUCAGCCAUGUAUACUUACAGGACUAUCAGACUUGGCUGGACCUGCGGGAGUUGGAAACCAAACUCGGUGAACGUUACAUCACCCAUGAAAGUGAUGACAGCCGCUGGCAAACUUUUGCCCAGGAACAUACUCUGCCUUACCCCGCCCAUCUUGUGCCUCCUCCUCCUGCGCCAGCUUCUGACGACGAGGAGGGUGGGGAGGAUGCAGACGUGCAAGGCCUCACCGAGAGGGUCAGCAUCCUCUGACCAGAGAGACAGACAGAGGACGCAAGUUCAUUUAGGAAUGUGCAAAGACAUAGGGAGAGGGAGGGGGGUGAGAUGGUCAAGCUAGAGCCUGUAAGAGACAUAAACUUGCUAAAACUCAUAUUCUAAUAAGAAGAAGAUCCAGCUGUUUAGCCUUUCACAGCUCAGUGCAUACCAGCACUCGAAUCGAAUUCUCUCCUCCAGCCUGAGGUCAUAAAAACCUCCUUCUAGUUACCAGUGCCUGGUCCUCGUUCAUCCUUUUCCAUAUGAAGAAGGCUGCGGGUGUGUAUGCACAACUGACCUGACAGAUUAAAUCGGAGUCAACUUCUAAAUCAGAAUUCAUCGCACGAAUGACAAGCACCAUGUUCUCAUCCCCUCACUGCGAAACCUUUUAAGGUUGAACAGGAAAUACCAUUUCACUACAAGAUAAGAAGGUUGUGUGGCUGUGUUUACUGAGAUGUUUUUUUCAAAACAAACAGGAGUUAAUAUUAAGAAUGAAACUGCCCCCCCCAAAAGAAAAGUAAUAUUUGUUUUAUAGUGUCAUUUAAUUGGGCUGACUGGAAUUACAGUCCCUAUUAUAUCUUCAGUAGUUCAAUCUCGUCUUCAGUGAUGGAGCGCGUGGUGACAAAAGACUUCCUCUGUGAUGGUAAUUACUAAUGUGCAGGCAUGGAGUCAAAUCCCUCUGUAGUCACAAAUGCCUUCCCAUAAAUGCUUGUUCUGUUGUGAAAAACCGGAAAUAUUGAUCUGGUGACUCCAGUAAUUACCACCAGUUCUGAGCCACAAUGGACUAUUAGAAAACACGUGUGAUUAAAGAUGCCGUCGCGGGUUUAAAUGAACGUGUUCCAGGCUGCGUGUUGACCAGACCAGUUUUUAGCAUGUGAGACGUUUCUACCCGCAGCAGGCAUAUUAUACAACAAUCAGUCAUGGUGACUGUUGCUGAGUGGCGAAAACUGCUUCUGUUCUGUUGAAUCGUCCACUCUUACUCAUCACUGAAGUCAAGUAUUUGUGAGUAGCUUGUCUUCAAAAAUUCAAAACACUGUGAAGGCAGCAUUUUUACACCCGAGCAGGUAAAUCAACCCCUCUUUUAAACAACACAGUUCCCUGUUUGUUCAGUAAAACACACCUCUCCCUAUGAUACAAGUGCAUGGACAGACAGCUUGUGUCACUAAACUAGAUUUUGUAGAGUGUAUGUAGUUUGAUUAUUGACUCUUUGUCAUGUCAGUAUGUUGCAUGUUUCUGUGAAGUAGAAUCGUCUAGAUACAAUACAAAACAUACUCUAGUUACCUUGGUCGUUUAUACACACGUGUAACCUGAAGUUUAUGUAGCUGUUUGAUAUGUGUAGACUGUGCAUAACACAUUUGAAGGAUGAUCCUAGCAUUGGAAACAGAUAAUACAAACAUUGAACAACAUUCUUUCUCGUGUUGGAGGUCUGUUUAUUUUUUUAUCUUUAUAUUAUCAUUGUAUCAUUCAUCUGUAGAUGACUGUUAUAUUAAAUUUGUAAUUUAUCACUUUGAAGUGAGAAAACACAUACAAAACUCAGCAAUUCAUAGAUGAAUUAUGAUGUUUCAGUACUGAAAUAAUUGUCUGCCAUAGAGGCUUUUUCUCCACCUUUCAUAUUGCUGACAGACUGUUGUAUUGUCCCUCCAGAAAGACUUUUUUUUUGGAUAUUACACCUCACAGACUGAGUGGCACUCAAAAGGACCCAGGGGCAAUAGUGGCCAAGAGAGACAAUUGUUUUCCAUUCUGUGAUGAGGACCCUUCAGCCACCUACUCUGGUGAAGGUGCAUCUUUGGUUCUACAACAUCCAUCAUCAUUGACAAACAAUGCCAGAUGAUUUACUCUUUCUCUCAGUCUCCUUUUUAUGUCUCUCAAGUGUAGGCACAUUUGUUACUAUUCAAUCAGCUGCCCUUCUGUCUGUCUCUUAGUAAGCAAAGGAGACAGAGCAAAACCCACUGAAAGCCGACCCGACCAGCCUGCUCUGUGUGACGAUCGUGAAAGAUGAAAGCUGCGUCUUAAGUAAAAAUGUUCCUGUGCUUAAAACUGGAUGGCAGCAUCUUUCAUCGUCGUGAACACGGAGAACAGUUCUGCUCUGUCUAAGCCCGAGAAGCAGGCUUUGCUGCCAUUUCAUUUCACUUUAAUCGUCAUUUGAAAUGUGGUGAAAAUCUGUUUUUUGAUGCAGGAGGUCUAGAACCAGGUUAGUUCAAGUGAGACAUCAAACUGAUGUUAACAUAACAUUAAGAGCUGGUAUAAUUCUAUGUUUUGUUAUUUUCAGCAAGUCCCAUGAAAAGACCCGACAUCUAACUUUUUAUAGACUGAUUGAACAUAAUCCCCAACAUGUCAGACAACUUUAAGUCAUACUGAAGAAACAUAUAACGGCAUUUUUAACUUGAAUUGGCGCCUCACAGUUGUACGCCUAAAUGUACCAAUCAGUUUGCAUUUUGGAUAUGUGUCUGUCCCGACUCGUAUAUGUGGUGAUGACUACUGAAAGGUAUUAGUCAUAGUUCUUGGUUAAAUGGAAACACCAUUCAUCACUACAUUGACCUGUAUGAGUCUAUGAAAAAGAAACAAACAACAGACACAGAGGGCCAAUAGACACAUGAUGCAACAACGAUAGCCUAUUAGUGUAUUAGUUCAUUGAGAGAAACAGAAAAUGGAGUCAAAGAGAGACACAAACGAAACAAGAUUAGUGUCACCAGUCUGGUAUACAGCAAUAUAUGAAUCACCCCUUCUAUUCCUCAGUUAUGGUGUUAAAUAACGGACCAAGAAAUGUUUUUGCAGAUUAUCAUAAAGUCACAAUAAAAUUGGUCUUUGACCAGUUGCAAUCA